CACGCCUCGCCGCCCAGCUAAGCCGAAAUGGGGCCGGAGAGCCUCCAGCCGCCCAAGCCACAUAAGGCAAACAUAUGUAUGUGGAAAUAUUUAGAUGUUCAUUCCAUGGACCUCGUCAAUAAUGCUGGAACAACUGAUGAACUGAAAAGGCUCCUCUCUGACCUCUUUGAUCUGAAGGAUUUUGAAUCAAAUCCUCGCUCUGCUAUCUUGUUAGAUUUGUACUUUUACACCAUCCAGUUCAGCCGGGAGCAGGGCUUCAACCGGGAACAAACCGCUGCUUUCUUCUCAAUUGUGAAGGAUGUGCACGAGGCCUGUGUGGAAACACCGCUGCCCAACGUGGAGGAAUGCUACAAAUAUUUCUCCGAACUCCUGUUCUGCCACUCCAUUCGGAGACCCCCCUUCAGCAUCGACCUCUUCAAUCAGGACCAGCUGGUGCUCCUCACCGACUACAUGAUUAACACUUACUUCCGCCACUACAAACUUUACAAGUACGCUUUCACCCCACAGGUGAGGCUGGACAUCUCAUUCACCUAUAUUGGGAUGCCUGAACCAGAGCCCAAAGAGGAAGGAGCUACAGCUGAGAGCGCUGAAAUGGGACUGUCUCCUUUACAAGAGGAAUUGGAAGAAGCUGGGGCUCCUGCAGAAAGUCCCACAUCUGCACUGCGGGACUUCAUUGUCUCACAGCUCAACCAGGAGUUAGCCCAGCUGCGCCUUUCCGUCGACCAGCGUCUAAAAGCCACAGAGGAGCAGUUUAACGCCAAGCUGAACCAGGUGGAGAAAGGGUCUGCUGCCAGCAAGGGGGCUGCCAAGGGCAAGAAGAAGUAAGCAGAUUAGAAAGGCUGGGGCACAAGAGGGCCGUUGCCUGUCCCAGGGUCAUUUCUUUAUUUCUUGGGCUUCUGCAGAAAGGGGUCACCACGAGACCAAGAGAGUUCACAGGGAAUGACGGUUGAAAUAUGGGGGGGGGGGGCCAAAUGGAUUUCUAAAAGGCUUUUGAAAAUGUGAUAAGGGUUUACAGAAAAUCUCUUCUUGAGAUGGUAAGGUCAUAUAGUAAGUAGCAGGAACUGUUGCAUAAAGCACGUGAUGUUAGGAUA